CAAAAACCUUUGACGCGGAUGUAACCUGUAAAGAUAGCACCACCUCCCGAUCCUUUUGUUACCCUGUGAUACCCUGGUAAUUUGUACAUAAGUGUACUGAUUUCAGGGAGAAGUUGCUUCUUCAGACUCACCAUCACUUCUGACGGGACCCUCCGGAGGAAAAUAAUCAAUUCAAUAUUGAUACACACCCAACUAAAAAGUAAUUUUACAGGGACGUCACAAUGCUACGGAUUUACUUGUGCUUGAGUGUUGUUGUCAACGUGGCCGUCUCGCAGGAGGCUGAGGAACCCAUCUCAUACACGUGCACAGAUGGCUAUACAUUUGACAUGGAACGACAAGAAUGCAAAGACAUCAACGAGUGUACCACGGUGCCCGACGCCUGCAAGGGCGGCAUGAGGUGCAUCAACCAUUUCGGAGGCUACUUCUGCCUACCCCAGAAUGCCCAGAUCAUCGUCAGUAAUGGUGACGACGAGCCCACCGUGGCCCCUCUGGUGGAGGAACAGCGUCCUCUGGCACCCGCCCCUGCUCUGCCUGUCCGACGGGUCAUCCAGAGCCCCUUCCAAAGCCAGGGCACCAUGCAGUGUGCCGCAGGGUUUGUGGUGGACGAGCUCAACUACUGCCGUGAUGUGAACGAGUGUGAGGGGAGCAACCCCUGUCAGCACCAGUGCUACAACAUCAUGGGCUCCUUCAUCUGCCAGUGUGAGCAGGGUUAUGAGCUAGCCUCUAACCAAGCCUCCUGCCAAGAUAUCGACGAAUGCGCCUUCUCGAGUUACAUGUGCCAGUGGCAGUGCGUGAAUCAGCCUGGAGGAUAUGUCUGUGCCUGUCCCGAGGGAUACCAGCUCCAAGGCAACCGAAUGUGCCAAGACAUAGAUGAGUGUGAAACAGGAAACAACUGCCGCGAGGACGAGAUGUGUUGGAACUACUUUGGCGGUUUCCGCUGCUACCCCAGGAACCCUUGCCAUGAGCCCUAUGUGAAGACAGGAGAGGGGCGUUGCAGCUGCCAGUCGCCCACAAUGUGCAGAGGCCUGCCGCCGUCCAUCGUCUACAAGUACAUGAGCAUCUCGUCGGAGCGCUCCGUCCCAGCCGACAUCUUCCAGAUCCAGGCCACGAGCGUCUACCCUAACAUGCACAACACCUUCAGGGUCAAGUCUGGCAACGAGGGAGGGGAGUUCUUCCUCAGGCGCUCCAGUAACGUCAGCGCCAUGCUGGUGAUGACCAAGCCGCUGACUGGACCGCGGGAGCACGUGGUCGACCUGGAGAUGGUCACCCACAACAAUGCCCUCAACUACCGCUCCAGCUCUCUGCUCCGGCUCACCAUCAUCGUGGGACCCUAUGCCUUCUAAGUUCCAGUUAUAAAUUGCUCUUAGGCACUGAUCUUAGAUCAGUUUACCUGUCCCCAUAUCUCAUAUUAUCCAUUAGUGGAUAAAAUGCAAAACUACUCAGCCCUCUUACUCCCUGCCAGACCCUCACAAGGCCUAACACUCUCUGUACUGCUUGGAUUUAAUAGAGAUAUCCACAUACUCCAUGCAAGGGUUUCCCAUUCCUGGUCCUUGUCCUGUUUUGGCCAGUUUUCAUUCAAAUUGAUGGCUGUAUAAAUUGUGAUUGAAUGUAUAUUGUCUAAUCUGCUGGUUGAGCACUGUACUGGGUGAAAUUGUUUUGUUUUAGCUCAACGUGUCUAUUCCUUUCUUAGAGAAGGAACCAUUGGAUAAUUGCAGUGAAAACCAACACACACACACAGAGCACAUACUGUAGGAGCAGGAGGGUGAAAUAGCCAGGCCACAAAAUAGUCAUUUUAUGCAUCACUAGCUAACGAUAACAUUGUAAGAGCCUAACGUGACUUAAAUUGAACACAAGUCCUUCUUAUUCAUCCGUUGCUAAAUGUAUGUAUUGCAAAGUAGUAGGAGUUCUCAUUACAUUGAAAUAUUUGUGAAAUCUCAACCUUAGUCUAGUCAAGAUGUGUUUUCCUGCAGAGAAAUUACCAGUGUUUGAAAUCACACUUGCCCUUUAUUAUCUUUUACCAUAGUUGCCAAGUGAGGUUCACAAUCACAUCGUUAUCCCCUUUAAAGAUCACUGAUUUUGUUUGUUUGGAGAGCUUUUCACUUAUGUAGUUGAAAAGAAAUGUACAGUAAUGCAAUGUGAUGUCACUAUAAAUACCAAUUGUCUUUGAAAA